AUGACGACGCGCGUCGCGUCCGCGCGCGCCCUCUCGAGCCGCGCGAAGAUCGCGCCUCCUCGCGCGACGCGCGUUCGAGCCGUCCUCUCGCGAUCCUCGCGCGAUCGAUCCGCCGUCGUCGUCCGCGCCGCGUGGGUCCUGAAGAACGUCGGCCCGAAGACGAAGGACCACCUCGACGAGGACGACGAGGUGGUGACGCCGGGCGAUCUGCCGCUGACCUCGCCUCGCAUGGUCGUGGGACGCGCGGCUUCCGAGUCCGUGUCGCUCGAGAUCGCGGUCCCGACCGUCAGCCCAUCCCUCGCUUUCAAUCCCGACACACCUCGACGCCUUUCAACUCCAUCUGACGCCUUUCAACUCCACCCCGACAUCGCUUUGUAUGGAACGACCGUCAGCGGCGCGCACGCGAUGCUCGAAGUGAGCGAAGACGCCGUGCGCGUCGUGGACUUGUCGAGCACGAACGGGACGUUCAUCGACGGCGAGGAGCUUCAGGCGGGGGUGGCGUACGCGCUCGACGAGAACGGCGAGGUCGUCUUCGGGGACGAGUUCUUGGCGUGCUACCAGCUCGUGAAGGCGUAG